AUGAGAGUGGUGGGAAAAAUUGGUAACCAACCCGUGACUAUCCUCAUUGAUUCAGGGAGUACUCACAGCUUCCUGGAUCCCUCCAUACUUUCCAAACUUUCCCUCCCGGUGUUCACUAAGGACAAAGUCAAGGUGAAAAUUGCAAAUGGGGACCAAAUUCAGAGUGAGGGCAGCCUUAAAGAUGUGGCAAUGGUAAGAAAGGCAGAUGGCAUAUGGCGUUUAUGUGUGGACUACCGUGCCCUUAAUAAUGUCACUGUGAAGGAUAAGUACCCAAUUCCAGUGGUGGAGGAAUUAAUGGAUGAACUUCAUGGAGCACAAGUUGCAUAUUUGGGUCAUUUCAUUUCUGGCCAGGGAGUACGAGCGGACCCCGAGAAGAUUAAGGCCAUGUUGAGCUGGCCUCCUCCUAAAUCACUUAAAGCGCGCGGGUUUUCAGGCCUCACAGGCUAUUACCAAAGAUUUUUGAAUGGAUAUGGAGCGAUAGCAGCAACCUCGACCAAUCUACUCAAAAAAACAGCUUUACUUGGGACGAGAAAGCCUAAGCAGCCUUUGACAGACUCAAGACAGCCAUGUGAAGCCAUAGGGGCCGUACUCAUGCAUGCAGGGAGGCCCAUCGCAUUUUUUAGUCAAGCUUUAAAAGGGAGGUCUCUUCGACUCCCUACCUAUGAAAAGGAAUUUCUAGCCCUAGUUUUAGCAGUUCAAAAGUGGCGCCAUUAUCUAUUGGGCCAACAGUUUGUUAAUAAGACAUAUCAUCAAAGUUUGAAGUUCUUGCUUGACCAACGAGUGGGUACUGUUAUUCAGCAGAAAUGGAUUGCGAAAUUGAUGGGAUAUGACUUUGUCGUAGAAUACAAAAAAGGAAAAGAUAAUGUGGUGGCAGAUGCAUUAACUUGGCAAUGGGUGGACUCGGAAGUUUUUGUGUCUCUAAUUUCAGUUCCAAAUUGGGAUUGGAUGCAUGAGAUACAAUCCCUAAACUCAAGUGAUGAGAGAGUCAAGGCCUUAUGGGACAAACACAGCCAAGGUCAACUGCAGGCACCUUACACAGCAAAGAAUGGCAUCUUGUUCUACAAGCAGAGUUUAUAUUCCUCCCGUGACCUACUUCAUCCACAAGCUACUGGAUUUUUUACAUGGAAGUCCCCUAGGAGGUCACUUGGGCUUUGA